UAUACGUAAUGCGAAAGGUUUAGUUUAUUUAUUCACUUGAUUGACUUAAAAAUAAUAAAAUGGCACCGAAAAAGAAUAAAAAAAGUAAUAAAUUGGCUCGAAUGAGCGACGAGGAAAAAUUGAGAUACUUGCAGCAUCGGGCAGCUAUAGAAGAAGAGACGAAACGACGGAAAGAACAUUUAGUCGCUACGUAUUUAAAGAGCAAAUUGAAAAAAGAAGAAGCAUUUACCCGACUAAAUACUGCAAAACUGAACCAGCAAUGGCGACACAAUUUGCGAAAAAUCAAGUGUAAGGAGCUGAAAGACGAAAUGAUGACGAUGGAAAACCGUUUCCAUAUCUUACUAGAUUGCAAAAACGACCAUAUAGACAUGUUAUUAAGAGAUUUGGAAGACGCCGAAGAACAAAAUCUAAAACAAUACGGAGCACAUGCUGAAAUCGUAUCUCAGUUCUUGGGUAUACAUGAAAAAUCAUUAGAAGAACUUCACGCUCGCUACGAACAUAAAAAGCGAUUGUUGUUAGACGAGUUGAAACAUAACUUUAGGUGGAUGAGAGAUAUAUUCAGCAGAGACGAUGAACGCUUGGACCUUAUGUCUAUUAUUUUCGAUGCACGGAAUGAUGAUGACACACAACAAACUCACAUCAAUUUCGAAGACUCGAUUGCUGUGUUAAACAACGAGAUGCUUUUUGAGAAAGACAGGUUCACAAAAAUACGUUUCGCAGAGAUGCAAACAACAAUGAAGAAAUUUCAAAAAAUCCUAGAUGACUACAGCAAUGAAACUGAGUCGAAAAAGAAUCAUUACAAUUAUUUAAAAAUGCGAGAUGAAGCCAACACCGCAUCUAUUGAAGAGAACAACAAACGAAUUAACGAAUAUUCUGAAGAGAUCAAAAUGCUAACACAGCUGUGUGCCAAACGUGAAGCUCAAUAUGCUCAACGAGAAAACGAAUUGAAACAGGACCGUGAAGACCUUAUAAAACGUUGUUUCGUGGCACAAAAUCAACUAAGCUUUAAUCGAAACGAAUAUAAAAAUAAACUUGAAGCCAUGACGAAAAUAUACAAAAACGUUAUUGACAAAUUAACAAGUAUUACAAAAAAGAGCGAAAGGAUAAUUAAAACUGUAGAAAAUUGUGCCAAACUAAUGGUAGACGAUGACAAGAUUGUCUGUCCCGACGAAGACAAUCACGGAGAAGAGUUCGAUAAAAUGUCGAAAUUCUGGAAGCAUUUUGCUCGAGCAGACAUGCAGUGUCAAGAGCUCGACGUCAGACGAACAAAAGCCGCACAGGAAAACAAGGACCUGAAAGCCGCUCUGACCUACUACUUAAAAACUAUAGCCCGGCCGGCAUCAGUGCAGAGGGACAUGAAAGACGGCGGGAUACAGUUGAAUUUGCUUCCAGUCAAAGCUGGAUGAAAACAUGAAACGCGUCAAAUAAUGAUCUCGAUUAUAAUAUACUAUAAUAGAAAUGUAGUAUGAUGUAUUGUAGUGUUAUAUGCGUAUUUAGUAACCGCUUGUACAAUAAAUUAUUUUUUACAUUUUA